UGGCGGGAGCGCACGCGGCCGCGGGAACAAUGGGGCUGGGCGCGCGGGGGGCCUGGGCCGCGCUGGCCCUGGGGGUGUUGCUGGUCAUGGCGCUGCUCAAGGCGGCUGUGGACGGGCUGGACUCAGCGGGGGGGUCAUCAGGCUCAGAGAAUACUGCGUUACAAGGAAACUCUGCUAACCAAACAGUGAAUCUUCCACAGACUACCACCACUACCAAGCCAACAACCACAGUCUCCAGCACCACCACCACCACCACCACCACCACCACCACCACCACCACCACCUCGAAACCCAGAACAAAACCAACAGCCCCUCCAGUCUCAAGCACCGUGACUGUCAAUGUCACCACCUUGAAAACUGGAACAACGUCUACAGUACCAGCAGUUAAACCAACGACCACAAAGUCAACACCCCAAACGAUGAGUUUGAAGACCACAUCCCAGAUGUCAACUUCCACAGCUCACAGCAGCACAGACACUUCAUCGGUGACAAUCACAGCAACUAUUAAUUCCAAAGAAAAGAAAGGAUCCAAGUUUGACAUUGGCAGUUUUGUUGGCGGUAUUGUAUUAACAAUGGGAGUAUUAACAAUCUUUUAUGCUGGAUGCAAAAUGUAUUAUUCAAGAAGAGGCAUUCGCUAUAGCACCAUCGAUGAACAUGAAGCCAUCAUCUAAAUAAAUGUGGACCAAUGGGAAGAAGAGUGAUGCAGCCCUAUCUAUUAAUGUGGUUUAAAGUAAUGCUCAGUUCUUAAAAAAAACCAUACACACACACACACACACACACACACACACACUACACACACAAGCCAGGCAGAUUAACGUACGAUAUAGUAUAUAAACAUGUAAGGAGUCCUCCUGAUACAGGUCAAGGGUUUGGGGAUUUUUGUGAAAGGUUAGCUCAAAGGUUAUAUUCACUUUUACUAACAUUAGGCCUGUCCCAUUUCUUUGUGGCAUUGGAUCUGAAACUGGAAGAUAAUGCCAGCUAAACAUAAAUAAGGAGCUUGUCACAGCAGAAAUUUCAUGAGUAAACAAGGUCGUACACAUAAUUUUAAUUCUUCCUUAAAAGUAUCAAUAUAUUGUUUAUGAGGCUUAGUGCUUGGUUUAGAAAUUGUACGCAUCUAACAUCGAUUAAAUAUAACCUGUUAUCAUGCCUGGAUUUUAGUCCUGACAGAAAGUCUUUAGACAAAUGUACUCUUAAGAAUUUUGAGUUUUCAAUGGAGGUUGGUAUUUUCUUUUGAAGUGUCAGUAAAUUGCAAUGUUUAACAUAGUAUCUAGAUUAAGAACUGGAUUAUAUGCUGCUGUAAGAAUAUUGUCACCACUGGAAAUUGCUUUAUUUCAUAUGUAGCUGUUAUUUAGUACAUUAUUUCUGUUAUGUGGAGCUGCUUUCAUUAUCUAGAAAUGUCUAAUGCAGUGUCUCAAGGCAGGGAUUAUGGGGCUACAUUUUUCGUGCACUGUAAUUUCACUCCAAGACAGCAUCUCUACUAAACAGCAGUGUGUUCUUGACUAUUCCACUGAGGAGACCCUUUCAGGUAUGGUGGAGAGAAAGCACAGUAUUGCAGAACACCAUAUAAGCCAACAUAUUUUGAAGUAUUUUUAGUUUAUACUCAAAACUCAGGGUCAAGUACUGAAGGUAAAUAUGUCUAUCUUGGUCAAAGUAAACUGCACCAAAAUGACCAAAGGUGUCCUAAUGAACACAUUUAACACAUAACUUUUGUGACCAGCCUUUUGGUUUGUAGAAUGCCAUAUAUUGAGAAUUUAUAGAGAAUUUAUAGAAUGCACUCACUGUGCAUUAGGUCUAGUUAGUUCACAGAUGCACUGUAUUUGAAUUACUUGGGAAGAGAUGUGGGCUUAAAGAGCCACAUUAGUAAUAUACAAUUUACCUAACUGGUCUUUCAGCCAGUGUUUUAAUUCUUUGCAAGAUGUAUUUUUUUAGUAAAGGGCCUUUUAAAUCUGUCUGCUACAUUCCUGGUAUUUCAGAACUUAGUAGACAAGCUAAAGUUUUCUUGAAUACUUUUAAGACACAUAAAACCAUUUUCAAAGUAACAUUUGCCUUUAAAGCUUACUAUACUUUGGGUUUGAAAUAUCUUAGUUAUAGUAUUUACCUACAAAUUCAUUGCAGCAAUUUUUGUAUUUUUUGCAAAAAUUGAGGUAAACAGUGAGAUACAAGUCUUUAUUUCUUUUCGGCAGAUGUCUUCCAAGUAUGUGCUUGUUUUACUAAGUUACUUGAGAAUUUAUUUGAGGAUAGAAACAAUCCAGAUGGAUGUUGAAAUAGGGAAAAAAAAUCUAUGACUUGAUAAUUUCUUUGAAUAAUCCAUAGUUCAAAAACAGAUAAAAUUAAGUUCCUACUUUUUUUUGCAUUAUAAUGAUCAGCUUUUGAUAUUGUUACUGAGAUCUAUUUUUAGAAUAAAAUUUU